AUGGGUACGGUAACUAAAAAAGCAAUGGCUGAUAUUAUAACAUAUAAACCUGAUGAAACAUUUAGAAAUGCAGAAGAUUUAUUAAAAGCAAUCGAAAAUCGAAUUAAUUUAAAACUAUAUAUUUAUGAAACACAAGAUAUUGAAAAAGUUAGACAAUCAUUACCAAAAUUAAAAAGUAUAAAAGAAACAUUUGAUUUACAUGAAGUAUUAGCUACUAAACAGCCCUGUACUUGA